AUGUUACUAGUUGGAAGUCCAUCACUACCAGUUGGUUUCUGCCAAACUCUGUUUACCCUCGAACUUGUCUCAAGAGUCUACGCGCACUCGAAUGGUGCUACUAUACCACUCACGGUACUGUCAGAGCCGUUCUUUGGUAAUGCGUGGGUGCCCAGACCAAUAUGUGAGCCGCUGAGUUUCAUGAGGCAAUCGAACACUAUUCCUCGACUUGUACCAGCUAUACCGGCUGCAUUGACUCGUCAGCAGGCUUUUUCCUGCGUAGCGAAAUUUGAGUCCGGAACAGUCGACCUGGAUCCAGAUGAUCUAAACACGACGCUGGCGCUCUGUUCUGGAGAUUCGAUGUUUGUCGCUGCAGUUAUCUUACUGGAUCCCUUUGAACAGCCCGCGGCUUAUGAACUACGGCGAAUUGUCGGAAACAUCAGUCACCCAGGUAUCAGUCUGCUCGUUGCACCCGAGGAUCCUAAAAUCCGCAACCGAUCAAAUCAGUACACUGCUAUCACUCAUGCGUCGUAUGAUUUCCAGCGCGAGAAUAAUUUUGCGGGGACAUCUUUGCACUUAUCCUUCACGCAUUGGAAAUUUCCUCUCGAGGCUGGUGGAUAUCGAACAAUUGAUCCGGACGUUCUCGUCGUGGAAUCUGUGAUAUCUGUGCUCGACCGGGGCAAAUGGGUCGCGGACUUGGACAUUCUGUGCAUUGAUUUUGAGAGUCUAUCGCGUGUUGUCAGAGAUUGCGAUCGGCAUCAUCACGAGGCCCAUGAUUUAGAAUAUGACUACACGUCUAUCGAUAACUGGGACGAGCUACUUGACCAACCGGAGAAUGUGGGUGUUUUCCGAGCUCACGGAAAUUGGGCUGCCCGUCUUGCGGCCAUCAGCAUAUUAUCACAACAAGGCCAGGGGCAUAGUAUUGCUUUGUUUGGGAAACAGAAGGUCUGUUUCAAGUGCCUCGAAGAGAGAGAGAGGAGAAUGUGGAUUAUUUGA